AUGGCCAAGUCUUCACGCAAGUGCGAUUGGUUACUCAACAAUUCUCCCCUUUCACCUCAAUCACCAAACAUCCAACAAUCUCUCUGCUUGAAUAUCGUCAUCUAUGCAUAA